UGAGCAUCAAAAUUUAAAAUAAAAUAAAAAAGUCAACUUUGAUUAAGCUUAGCUUAAUUAGAUGGCUAUUAGAUAUUAUAAAACUUAUCCCUAAAAUUAUAUUUUUCAUUUUUGUUUUUGUUUUUGUUUUAUUUUUAAAUUUUUCUUGAUUUUUUGUAUUUCUUUUUUCUUUUUUCUUUUUCUCGAACCGAAUACUGUUGCAGGCCUUCAAGUAACCCUAGUUAAUAUUUUUUAAUCACUAUCACUAUCGCAACUAGAAAAAAGAAUAUCAUAUCAGAUCAUAAGCAACCCCGAAAUAGCCGUUGCAGUUACAAAAAGCGACCGUUACUAACUCUGGAAAUUUAAAUCAAAGUCCAAAGACAGAACAAAAGGAACAGAACAGAACAGAUACCCCAUAACCACUAUCAAGAAGAUGGAAGAAGAGGAUCGACAACAACAACAGCAGCAGCAGCAGCCAACACCAGAACAGCUAAUGCAAGGGCUCCGAUUAAAGGCCAACGAACUCCUUCUCCGAGAAGAAUGGCAAGAAUCCGUACAACUCUAUACUCAACUCAUCAAUCUUUGCCAAGACCAGAUUUCAAAGACCCCAAAUCAAGAUAAUCUCAUCAAGAUCAAGAAAUCUCUUUGUUUAGCCCUCUCAAACCGAGCUGAAGCAAGAUCCCGGCUUAAAGAUUUCGAUAAAGCACUUCAAGAUUGUGAUCAAGCACUAAAAAUUGAAAGUACCCAUUUCAAGUCUCUUAUCUGCAAAGGCAAAAUCUUGCUAUGUUUGAAUAGGUAUUCUGUGGCUCUGGAUUGCUUUAAAACAGCUCUUCUUGAUCAACAGGAUAAUGGGAAUCUUGAAAUAGUAAAUGGGUAUGUGGAGAAAUGCAAGAAACUUGAGUUUCAAUCAAGAACUGGCGUUCUUGAUCUCUCUGAUUGGGUGCAAAAUGGGUUUCGCGGGAAGUUGCCUGAGCUCGCUGAAUAUAUUGGCUCUGUGCAGAUUCAGAAGUCUGAACUUAGUGGGAGAGGUCUUUUUGCAACGAAGAACAUUGAUGCGGGGACUUUGAUGUUGGUGAACAAAGCCAUUGCUACAGAGAGAGGUAUAUUGUCGAGUAAAGAUUCUGGUGAGCAUGCGCAAUUGGUUAUGUGGAAGAAUUUCAUUGACGAAGUAGUAGGAUAUACCAAAAAGUGUAAUAGAACUCAACACUUGGUGUGUACACUGUCGAGUGGUGAAGAGGAAGAUGAUAUUAAAGUUCCUGAAAUGAGUCUCUUUAGGCCCGACGCAAAUGAGAACGAAGAGUCGAGUGAGGAAAUUGAUAUUGUUAGAAUGAUGAGUAUAUUGGAUGUGAAUUCCCUUGUUGAAGAUUCGAUUUCAGCAAAAGUGUUAGGGAAGAAUGGUGAUUAUUAUGGUUUUGGGUUAUGGGUACUAGCUUCAUUCAUCAAUCAUUCAUGUAAUCCCAAUGCUAGAAGGCUGCACGUAGGGGAUCAUGUCCUAGUUCAUGCUUCAAGAGAUAUAAAGGCAGGUGAGGAGAUCACUUUCCCAUAUUUUGAUGUGCUUUCGCCAUUGUACAAGAGAAUGGCAAUGUCAAAGGCAUGGGGUUUCCGUUGUCAAUGCAAGAGAUGUAAAUUUGAAGAACAAGUUUGUUCAAAAGAUGAAGUGAAGGAGAUUGAGAUGGGAUUAGAAAGAGGGUUAGAUGUGGGUGCUGUAAUUUUUAGGCUAGAAGAAGGUAUGAAAAGGUGGAUGGUGAGAGGGAAAGAGAAGGGUUAUUUGAGGGCAUCAUUUUGGGGAGCAUAUAAUGAGGUAUACAGCACGGAGAAAUUGCUGAGGAGGUGGGGAAGGCGACUUCCAGCAGUUGAUGUGGUGGUGGAUAGUGUUGCGGAAGCAACAGGAAGUGAUGAGAGGGUGCUGAAAGUGUUGAUGGCGGGAUUGAAGAGAAGUGGUAAUGUGGUGGAGAUGGAGAAAGUAAUGAGGUUGGGAAGAGGGUUGUAUGGUAAAGUGGUAAAGAAACAAGCAAUGAGAUCUCUUCUUGAGCUUAGCGUUCAUGGAUAAAGCUAUUAGGCUAAUAGCUAUUCCGCCAUUAGGAAUAUUGUCCUUUCUUUCUUGUUAUUGGAUGAAUGUUGUUAAACUCAUCCUCCUUUACUAUUUGUUUUAAGUAAUUUCAUUCUUGCACUAGUGAAACAAGUAUAGAAAUGCCAACAACUAUAAGCUUACACAGUUAGACUAUUUAUAGAGCAAGAUGAUUGUUUAAAUUAAUAAACCAAACCCAUUUGACACCGGCUGACUCAGUA